CGCGCCUCCAUUGUAUCGCCAGAUUUGGCCCCUGACGUCUUCUUCCUGCGGGUGAAACUGGAGGAGACUGGGGAGCUGUUCCGCGUGGCCAACUGCCGCAACGACAUGACGGUGCGGGAGCUCAAAGAGGAGCUGGACCUGAUGGUCGGCAUCCCCUUCAACCUACAGCGGCUGCAGUUCCUGGACCAAGGGAUUUUGAUGGACGAUGCCACCCUGAAGUUCUACGAUGUCAUCCCCGGCGCAGUCAUUUCAUUAUGUAUCUGGCAUUACGAUGGUUGGACAGAACUGGUCUUGGCAGCCGUGGAAGGGGACCCCAGUAAGCUGUCUUGUCUUGGCAUCAGUGAGGACACCUUCUACCGAACGGCGAACUCACAGCACUUUAAGGGGGAGCAGUGGAGGCAGUGGACCGCCCAGAGGGCGUUUGUGGCCUUGUACAUCUCCGCACACAGAGGCCACGUGGAUGCCGUGCAGUAUCUCUUAGAACUUGGAGCAAAUUGCCUGGGCAAAUCACCUCUGGGCAGGACGCCCCUGCAUGUGGUUGCAGCCAUGGGCAGGAUGGACUGCAUUGGGCCCUUACUGGAACAUGGUGCCUCCAUUCACGACAGAGAUGCCAAGGGGGAAACACCCAUCACCAUUGCCCGGCGCCUGAAGCGCAGAAAUUUCGAACGCAGGAUGUUCCUCCUCUAUUGGAUGAUCAAGUCUGGGAACAAGGACCCCACCGACUUGGUCAUGAGGGAGGCUCCAGAGAAAGCCAGCUCUGGGGCCGUGCUAAAGAAGAGCUUAAUGCUCUCCUGA